AUGCGAGGUGACACCUACCCGGUCGGUUGCGCGCCAUCGGAUGCAAUCGUCUAUGGAGUCGAAAGCUUUGCAGGCAACCCAGACUUGCAGAAUCCCAAAUAUAGGACGAAGCUAGGAGUAUAUAGCGCUGGUUGCGGUCUGGAAAAUUUAAAAAUGUGCUGGAGUCAUGAUGAGUAUAUGUACCAGGUGCUAGUCAAUCACGGGUCUUCGCUUCCUGAAGAAGCACUCUACGCAAUACGCUUCCACUCUUUCUACCCAUAUCACUCGCAUAAUGCUUACCGAUAUUUCACAAACAAACAAGAUGAAGAAAAACUGGAUGCUAUACUGUUGCUCAACAGCUGCGACUUGUACUCAAAAUGCGACGAGAAACCGGACAUAGAGAGGUUGAAACCUUACUAUCAAUCGCUGAUUGAUAAAUAUAUCCCCGGUGUGGUGUCCUGGUAG